AUGUCUGGUCCUGCCGCAUACGAUGAUGCCAUUACCGAUGAGAGUUUCGAGUCAACCGUCGCAGACGUAAGUAAGCCGGAUCCCUACACACGCCAGGCAAGAGAAUCAGCCAGCAAUGCCCGUCAACGACUCGCGGACUUUUUCCAGCCAGGAGACACCAAAACAACGACUCGUCGACUGUCUGAUACCUCUACCAGUGAGCACGAUCAAUUCAAAAGACCUGGUCGAAGAGCUACCAAGGAAGAAAAGUCGAUGCUGGAUUCGGCACACGAAACAGUGGCCAAGGCUUUGGGGGAAGGCUCGCGAGGUAAGAUGAUAGCAGCUUCAAACGUUUACUCCAGCGAACUAAUGGGUCAUCUCGGAGCGGUUCAGGAAGUAGCUGAUUAA